UUGCUCGGCAUGGCCGUAUUCAAGCCCGAGAAUGUGGAGGACUUCUACGAGAUCGGAGAAAUACUUGGAAGCGGCCAUUUCGGUGAAGUCCGUCGGGUCCGAGAGUUGGCAACAGGGACUUACUGGGCGGGCAAAUUCGUGAAGCUGCGCAAGAACUCAUGCAGUAUGCUAGGCCUGGAGCGGAGCCGUGUGGAGCAGGAAGUUGAGGUGAUCCAGGCCCUACAGCACCCCAACAUCGUUGCCCUCAAGGAUGUUUUUGAAUGUCGCUCAGAAGUGGUGCUCAUCCUGGAGAUCGUGAGCGGUGGUGAACUGUUUGACUUCAUUGCUGAGAAGGAGAUGCUGUCAGAGGACGAGGCUAUCGAGUUUAUGAAGCAAAUUCUGGACGGUCUGGGCUUCAUGCACAGCAAGAACAUUGGUCACUUUGACCUCAAGCCAGAAAACAUUAUGCUGUCGGACAAAGAAUCGCCACAUCCAAGUAUCAAACUCAUUGAUUUUGGCCUUGCCCAUCAUUUUAUACCCGGGGAGGAGUACAAGAGCACAAGUGGAACUCCGCAGUACAUCGCCCCAGAAGUGAUCAACUGCGAACCCCUUGGCACGGCAGCAGAUAUGUGGAGCAUCGGUGUGAUUACGUACAUACUUUUGAGCGGCAUGUCGCCAUUUCAGGGCAUGACGGAUGAAGACACGUUGAGGAACGUUCUGGCCUUGGACUACGAAUUUGACACACAGUGCUUCAGCACCACUAGCUGCACAGCCAAAGACUUUAUCCAGAAACUCUUGGUGAAGAAUCCCAGUGACAGACUGACGGCUGAGGAGUGUCUUCUUCACCCUUGGAUCAAGCCAUUGACGCGCAAACAGAAGGCCAACAGGACUCGAUCGUCCAUCAACAUGAAGAACUUCAAGAAGUUCAACGCAAGAAGGAAGUGGAAGAUGUCCUACAACAUGGUUUGGAUCUGCAACCGCCUGGUCCGCUUAAAACUGUUGUGUAAAGGCAGUUCAGAUAAACCUGAGAGACAAUGUGAAAGUGAUGCGGAGGACACGGAGAGCAAACCAGCAUCGCUGCUUCGAAGACGACUCAGUAGCAGUUCUUAA